AUGCUAAUCAUAAUUCAGAAUAUCAAAGUCUCCAACAUCUCUAUGCUCCAGGUUUCGGAGUUUAUUCUGAUGGGAUUUCCAGGCAUUCACAGAUGGCAGCAUUGGCUCUCCCUGCCCCUGGCUCUGCUCUACCUCUUAGCUCUCAGUGCCAACAUUCUUAUCCUGAUUGUCAUCAAUCAAGAGCCAACACUGCACCAGCCUAUGUACCAUUUCUUGGGCAUCCUGGCUGUGGUAGACAUGGGCCUGGCUACAACUAUUAUGCCCAAGAUAUUGGCCAUCUUGUGGUUCCAUGCCAAGGCCAUCAGUCUCCCCGAGUGCUUUCUGCAGAUGUAUGUUAUACAUUGUUUUGUAGGCAUGGAGUCAGGUAUCUUUGUCUGCAUGGCUAUAGAUAGAUAUGUAGCCAUUUGUCGACCACUACACUAUCCAUCAAUAAUUACUGCAUCUUUUGUGGUCAAAGCAACUGUAUUCAUGGCACUCAGAAACACCAUGGCUACUAUUCCAGUGCCUGUAUUGGCUGCUCAAAGACACUACUGCUCACAGAAUCAAAUAGAACACUGUCUGUGCUCUAAUCUUGGUGUCACUAGUCUUUCCUGUGAUGACAGAACAAUGAACAGUAUUUACCAGCUACUUCUGGCUUGGACAAUAAUGGGUAGUGACCUGGGUUUGAUUAUUUUAUCAUAUGCUUUGAUACUUCACUCUGUGCUCAAACUGAACUCAGCAGAAGCUGCAUCUAAGGCCCUAAGUACCUGCACAUCCCACCUCAUCCUGAUCCUUUUCUUCUAUACAGUUGUCAUUGUUAUUUCUAUCACCCAUAGUGCAGCACUGACAGUUCCCAUCAUUCCAGUGCUACUCAAUGUACUGCAUAAUGUCAUUCCUCCUGCCCUCAAUCCCUUGGUGUAUGCUCUCAAGAACAAGGAGCUCAGGCAGGGUUUGUAUAAGGUUCUUAAGCUAGACACCAAGAGAACUAACACAUAG